CUUUUUUUUUUUAUCUCAGCUAAUACAAUAUAUACGUCAUAUCUUAUCUUCUCUGAAUCGUGAAAACUCUAUAUGUAAACUUAAUCAUUUUAACCAAAAUCAUCAACAAAAAGCAUAUUCGGAUUGGAAUUUCAAGCGAAUCAAGUUCGACUUGUCGUGAAAUCCAAAGUUUCGCUGUGAAAGCAGAAUUGAUGGAAACUUGAAGUGGCGAAAUAUUUUCGAAAAAAUGUGCACAUUAUCACCGAUAUUCAAGCAGUUCUUAACAAUAGUUAUUUGUAAUUUAUUGACAUUCUCAUCUGGCAAUGCAUCCGGAUGGACGACAAUCAACUUUGUCGAGCUUCAAAGUGAAAAAAGCACCUUCCCAGCAGGUCCUUUGAAGUUGAAAGAGGCGUCACUUGUUAUAUCAAUAGUUAGCCUUGGAGCUUGUGCCGGUAAUUUUGUGGCAUUGCCGAUAAUACACAGAUUCGGGAUUAAACGAACAAUUCAUAUAUGUGGAGUGCCGAUUAUUCUGAGCACUUUACUCAUAAUUUGGGCAAAAAAUGUGUAUUAUCUCUACGUUUCGAGACUAUUGUGCGGAUUAAGCAUCGGCAUCUUAGUAGUUGCACUACCAUCAAUGGUCAUGGCUGUUUCAGACGACAAGGUGCGUGGAAGUCUGAAUGCAUUGUUUGACCUAUUUUCCAAUACAGGAGUAAUUUUGUCAUUUUCCCUCGGAAACUACUUGAGUUGGAUGGAUCAAGCGAAAGUGCAAUUGAUUCCACCCACUAUUGCAAUAAUUAUACUCUUUUUCUUGCCUGAAUCGCCGGAAUAUUGGAUUAAACGAAAUAAGGAAAAGCGAGCGAUUAAAGCGCAUAAAUUCUACAAAGGAAGUAUCGUAGCUCUGGAACAGGCCGAAUAUCUUCAAAAGUUAAAUGAGGAAAAUGUUGAAAGGGAAAACGACAAUGAAAUUAAAUCCAAUCCGAAAUUGUGCCUUCGAGAUUUUCUAACACCACAAGCGAAGAGAGCAUACUUCAUUGCGUUCACUGGAUUUGUAUUGAACUACUGUAGUGGGACUAUUCUGAUUCUCAGCUAUGUGACCGAUAUAUUUACGAAAACCGGCUCCUCUUUGUCACCGAAACAAUCCUCAAUUUUGAUUUCCGUCACUCAAAUUACAACAAAUAUCAUUUUCGUAAAUCUGGUUGACCGAUUCAAUCGAAGAACGCUGUUGAUUUGCUCGUCGAUAUUAGCUACAAUCACUUUCUUUGUGUAUGCCGC